CUGCCUUGACUCGCAACCAACACACACGCCCGGCUCAUUCUUCCCGACUUUCCUCCCACCUGGUCUCCUACCUCGUCCCUCUCUCAUUAUGCCACCGCAAAAGACCUUUCAACACCUAACAGAUGCAAGCGCAUACCAAAAGCUAAUCAAGCAGUACGACGUCUGGCUCUUCGACUGCGACGGCGUUCUCUGGUCCGGGGACGAUCUCAUCCCGGGAGCCAAAGAGGUCUUGGAGAAGCUCAGAGGAUGGGGCAAAGAGAUCGUCUUUGUGACCAACAAUGCUAGCAAGAGCAGGAAGGAGAUCCUCAAGAAAUUCGUCAAGCUGGGUGUGAGGGCGGAUGAGACGGAGAUCUUCUCGUCGUCGUACGCCGCCGCCGUAUACUUGAAGAAGGUGCUAAACUUUCCUUCGGACCGCAAGGUGUACGUCAUUGGUAUGGAGGGGAUCGAAGAGGAACUCGAUGCUGAGGGGAUCCAGCACUGCGGUGGGACGGCCAAGGAGGACAACGUCUUCCUCCCUCCCCUGGACUUCUCCACCCUGCAAGAUGACAAGGCCAUUGACCCAUCAGUAGGGGCGGUCAUGUGUGGCUUCGAUAUGCACCUGUCGUACAUCAAGCUGGCAAAGGCGUACAAGCAUCUCACCCGCCCAGGCGCCGACGGUCCGGCGAAAGCGGGCGAAGUAGGCGGAGGCUGUCAUUUCAUACUGACCAACGACGACUCAACCUUCCCCGCCCGCGGAGGUCCAUGGCCAGGGGCCGGCUCUCUCUCCUCUCCCCUCCUCUUCGCCACCAAGCGCCAACCAACCAUCAUCGGCAAGCCCCACCAGCAUAUGCUUGAUACAAUCCUCGCUGCCAAGCACUUUGAGCGAAGCAAGGCCAUCUUUGUGGGUGAUCGACUGGAUACGGACAUCGAUUUUGCGAAUCGAGGCGAUAUCGCUAGUUUGAUGGUGUUGACUGGGAUUAGCACGAGGGCGGAGAUCGAGGGCGAUGGGGCUGAGAUUGUCCCGGAUUACCUGGUGGAGAGUCUGGGUGAUUUGGAUCAAGUCAAGGAGCUGUGAGGCCUGAGGGAUGGAUCAUCAUCAUAGAUGCUUUGAUGUGUCGUGGUAUUGCAAUAGACUUCUCAGCUCAGCGCGACGCAC